AUCGGUGUUUCUCCCUUCACUUUCGUUUCCGGCGAGACAUUUUACAUCAUGGACAAUUCUGGAAAUAACCGCUACGAGCUGUUGUUCAUGGACGACGACGACUCCUCCGCCCCGCCUGCCCAGCCACAGAUUCCCGCCGUAGUCGCGCCGCCCAAGAAACCGGAACCGCAGAAGGCGCCGAAAAGCAAGCCGGAGAAAGAGAACAAGCCGGUAGCGUCGGCUCGCAAGGCCAACAAUCCCGUGGUGAAGAACACGAGUCCGGUGAAGGGAGGCAAGGUGCCGGCUGGUGGUGAAUUUGGGGGUCGCCCCAGGAACGCGGCCACCAAUGGGCCCAGCAACCAGGGCCGCUUUAACAAUAAUCAGCGCUACGGAAACAAGGAGUCAUCGUCCGGGGAAUUUGGAAACGAGCUGCCGCAGCGCCAGUUCAACAAUCGUGAUAACAGGGGACCACCACGCGUCCGCGCCGGCGAGAAGUUCGGAAAACGCGAGUUCGAUCGCCAGUCUGGAUCUGAUAAAACCGGCGUCAAGUCAAUUGACAAGCGCGAAGGCGGCGGUGCCCACAACUGGGGGUCCCCAAAGCAGGACAUUGAGGACGUGAAGACCGGGGAAUCGUCACCGCAGGCGGACAAAGAGGACUCAGCCAACGAACAGUCGGCUGAUCCAGCGGCCGUCGCCGAGGAGGAUGAGUCCAAGCAGAUGACCCUCGACGAGUAUAAGGCCCUUAGGGAUCAGCGUGCCAAGCCCAACUACAACUUGCGCAAGGCUGGCGAAGGAGCCGUGGACAAUGCCGAGUGGAAGAAGAUGGUGGUGUUGAGCAAGAAGAAGGAGAGUAACAGCGAGGACGAGUUGGAGUACGAUCCUUCACUGUAUCCUCAGCGAGUGGGGCGCCUCCAGCGCAUCGUGGACAUCCAGUUUAACUUCAAUGAUGGACGCAAGGGUGGAUUCCGAAAGGGACCGCGUCCAGGAGCAGGUCCUCGUGGCGAAGGAUUCCGCGGCGAGGGUGGUUACCGCAACGAUGGACCCCGUGGAGAAGGUGGCUAUCGCAACGAUGGACCUCGCGGAGAGGGUGGUAACCGUGGAGAAGGUUACCGCAACGAUGGACCUCGUGGAGAAGGAGGCUAUCGCAAUGACGGACCUCGCGGAGAAGGCAACCGUAAUGAGGGACCACGUGGAGAGGGCUACCGCAACGACGGACCUCGUGGAGAGGGUGGCUAUCGCAACGAGGGUCCUCGCGGCGAGGGCUUCCGUGGCCCGCGCUUUAAUUCCGGAGCCACCAACGGGUUUGACAACAGACAGGAAAACAACAGAUUCGGGGAGAAACGCCGCUCCGCCCAGAAGCCCCUGAAGGUCGACGAUGAAGCUCAAUUCCCCACUCUGUGCUAGGAUCAGCGAACAAUAAGGUUUAACAAUUUCACGUAUUACAUAAUUAGUAAGCAGCUCCUUUGGUUAACGAAUAACCAUUAGAUUUUCGGCCGUAAUCUAUGAAGCUUGACGACCGGUUAACAAACAAACAAAUCAGCCACGCUUAUCCAUAUUCCUUAGUUGUAAACAAAAAUUUUUGAAUUUUUUCACUCUCAUCAUUUACGCAUUUAAAAUAACUAUUACAAAUAGUUGGAAUGUUGAAAUAAAUUUACUUCAUUUAUAAACCAAGGAA